AUGUGCAACAUAGCAUACACUCACAACAGUUACACAGACGACGAUAACACAAAUGGCAGCUACACAGACAUCAAUAACAUAAAUGGCAGCUACAUAGACGACGAUAACACAAAUGAUAGCUACAUAAACGACAGUAACACAAAUGGCAACUACACAGACGAUAAUAACACAAAUGGCAGCUACACAGAUGGCGAUACCCCAAAUGGUAGCUACACAGAUGACGAUAACACAAAUGGGAGCUACACAGAUGGCAGUAACAUAAAUGACAGCUACACAGACGACAAUAACACAAAUGGCAGCUACACAGACGGUACACAAAUGGUGGCUCGGCUUGCCACAUCAGAAACAUGCCUUGGCCUUCGUGAAGCACUCAACCGCAGUGUGGUUGCUCAAUCCACAGUGAAGCUGCAUAGAGGCGAUAACACAAAUGGAAGCUACACAAAUGACAGUAACACAAAUGGCAGCUACACAUAUGGUAAUAACACAAAUGGAAGCUACACAGAUGACGAUAACCCAAAUGGUAGCUACACAAAUGACGAUAACACAAAUGGGAGCUACACAGACGGCAUUAACACAAAUGACAGCUACACAGAUGACAAUAACAUAAAUGGCAGCUACACAUACAGUAAUAACAUAAAUGGCAGCUAUACAGACGACAACAACACAAAUAACAACUACACAGAUGAUGAUAAUACAAAUGGCCGCUACACAGACAGUGUUAACACAAAUGGCAGCUACGCAGACGACGAUAACACAAAUGGCAGCUAUACAGACGACGAUAAUAUAAAUGGCAGCUACAUAGACGACGAUAAUACAAAUGGCAGCUACACAUAUGGCGAUAACACAAAUGGUAGCUACAACGAUGGCAAUAACAUAAAUGGCAGUUACAUAGACGACAAUAACACAAAUGGCAGCUACAUACAUGGUGAUAAUACAAAUGAUAGCUACGCAGAUGACAAUUAUACAAAUGACAGAUAA